CUCUCGCCCAGCCUUGUCACCUCAGUUCCGCCCGCCGCCGCCUGUUGUUUAUUUAUUUUACUACUCUCUCCGAUUUUACUUUCGUCUCCCCUAGUCCAGAUCCAAGCCAAGCAAAGCAGAGCGCAGGAAAGCAAAGGAAGCGACAGUACCGGCACUACACACCACUUUGGCGAUUCAGGGCCAGCCAAACUCAGGUGCUUGGCCAGUCCUCGUCAACACCCUCGUCGGCUGCGAGCCAUCAGUCGCAGGGCCAGUACAACAACUGGUACUGGUACUGGUACUAGUACCCUUUUGGUGGAAGUAUAGGUCCAGGUCCAGGUCCAGGUCCAGUCUUUCAUCUGCUCUCGUCGCCUUGUGCAUAGUGCAGACAGACUGCAGCCAGCGCGCCGCACUCACGACCGACUGCACUGCACUCUCAACUAUACCGAGCUGCAGGGCAAUCCAAUCUCUGCUUCAUCACGCCCCACCUCGACCCUACUCUACCUUGAAAGGCGCUACACAUCCUACGCUACUUAGGUAUUCUACGUACCUACCUAUUUACCUACCUAGGUACUUACUUACACCCAAAGGGCCACCUGCCAUCGAGACCUCCACGUCCUGCCUGCGCUGGCUGGGUUGGGGGGUUUUUUUUUCUCUUUCCAUUUUCCAUUUUUUUUAGACGCCCUUCCUCAUCUUUACCAAUACAUCCAGCAUCCUCUUUCUCCCUCGUCUGUUGCGCUUUUUGUCACCUCUGACAAUUUUUAUUAUUAUCUUCCCGUUGCCCACCUCGCGCGCGCGCCCUGUCUUCCAACAGACCGCUGAACGCUACCCACCCACCGCUCCUGCCACGGCUGUACUGCUCUCGGCUCUCCCACUCUUCUAUCUCUCACCUACAUAACACGUUAAUCCCUACCCCCAUCCCAUCUUCUUCGUCUCGCUGCCUUUGCCCUCCAACCUCAUCCCUCCAAGGCUAUCACUGUUGCAGUGCCCCCUACCAACGUUCACCACGGGACAAAAUUAGAAGAAGAGGAAAAAGGGGGUUGAAACAGGUCUGCCAUUUUGUCCGCCCUGCGAGUCACGACUACCUGGGCCCGAGCCCUUUCCACUGCGCCGAGGCGUUCUUAACGCCACAGCGUGCCCUCUUCCCUUGUCAGACCUGACUUUCGAGACUCGACGGUACUCCCGAAUUCGACUCGAGUCGCCAAACUCUCUCACUCCCUCUCUCUGCCACCCCCGCCGCCCGCAUAACCCGCCGUUGCUGCUCUCUGCAGCGCUCGCAGUGCUCGACCUUCCCCCUUCCUUCUCUUUUUACCUACUCACCUGGCUGCACUUUUCCCCAUCCCUACUGCGGCUGACACCAUCUGCCCGUCGCCGACAGCCGGAAAAAAAAGCGGCCAGAAACGGAAAGUGAGAGCCAACCACAGGGGAAAUAGGAGAGGCCAAAGGUAGUCGAUCGGUCGCAUUAUAUACCGCCCUCUGUCCUCCCUUUUCUGCCACCUCCGGAACCUCACCUACCAUCAACAACAACGAAAAAAACCUGCAGCAGCGCCCGCGCUUAUGCCUUCAGCUUCCGCCGCUAUGGCGAGCCCAAUAACCACCUCUGCCGCCAGUUCCAAACCUUCCUCUGUCAAGUCAGACGGCAAAAAAUCGCCGCGCUUGACCCCGCAAAAUGGCCAGUCCCCCGCCAACGGCAAUGCGUUCCAUGAGGCCCUGGCGAAACCUGCCGACAAACCCUCAAUGAAGGACAAGCUCACACGCAUGUUCUCCACGAAAGACGUCACCAGAAACGCUAUCGAGGUCCCCCAGCGUCCCCGUGGUUCCAGCUUUAAUGGCACCGACAAGCCCCAACCCCCGAGCAGAAAGCCCUCUGCAACCACCGCAGAGAAGGUCUCCGAAAAAUCCGCCGCCAAAACCGCGAAACCGCCUGCAAAGGAUCUCCAUCGAUUCAUGGUGAACCAGGAGCUGCAAGGUGGCCACGAGCACCACCUCAAGUCAAGUCGCCGCCAGGAGAAGCUUUCCGACAUGUGGCGCACCCUCAUCGGCAAGAAGCAGGAGCAUGCCGACAACGACCUGUCCCUCGUUUCUAACUGGGUCGACACUCUCAAGGCCGAGAAGGAGGAUAUGGCAGGAGAUAAGAGGAACGGACCCAACGCGACCUCGUCGCUCGUCGAGAAGUACGGCAAAUGCCAGGAGGUAGUAGGCCGUGGCGCCUUUGGAAUCGUCAGAAUAUCCCACAAGAAGAUCGAAAACGGAACAGAAAAGCUGUUCGCCGUCAAGGAGUUCCGUCGCCGUCCGGAGGAGACGGAGAAGAAGUACAGCAAGCGCCUGACGGCCGAGUUCUGCAUUUCGUCGUCGCUCCGUCAUCCCAACGUCAUCCACACCCUUGACCUUCUUAAGGACGCCAAGGGCGACUACUGCGAAGUCAUGGAGUUCUGCGCAGGCGGUGACUUGUACACCCUCGUGCUCUCUGCCGGUAAGCUCGAGGUUCAGGAGGCCGACUGCUACUUCAAGCAGAUGAUGCGGGGUGUCGAGUAUCUCCACGAAAUGGGAGUUGCUCACCGCGACCUGAAACCCGAGAAUCUGCUGCUCACUACCCGUGGCGGCCUGAAGAUUACAGACUUUGGCAACGGGGAGUGCUUCCGGAUGGCUUGGGAGACGGACCCCCAUAUGGUGUCUGGUCUCUGCGGCUCUGCCCCCUACAUUGCGCCAGAGGAGUAUACCGACAAGGAAUUCGAUGCUCGCGCUGUCGAUGUCUGGGCCUGCGGAGUCAUCUACAUGGCCAUGCGCACCGGUCGCCACCUUUGGCGUGUUGCUCGCAAGGACGAAGAUGAGUUCUACGCCAGAUACCUCGAGGGUCGUCGUGAUGAGGAGGGAUAUGGACCCAUUGAGUCCUUGCACAGAGCGCGCUGUAGAAACGUCAUUUACUCUGUCCUGGAUCCCAAUCCCCUCCGACGCAUCACAGCUUCCCAGGUUCUCAAGUCUGAAUGGGGUCGCGAGAUCAAGCUCUGCAAGGCAGGUGAAGAGGGUCUUUGAUCAUUUCACAUCCCGUUUGGAUGGACGACUUUUUCCUCAUCUGCAGCAAGAGCUCAGCUUCCCUGCAAACAAAACACCCUCAAUGGCGGAACAAUGGAUGGCUGGCAUUUUGCCUGGCACAUGGAUAGAUGGAAUUGGUCUGCACAGACAGCGUGCGUCAACCGGUAGUCGUUUGACUCCUCUCCUUCAGCCUGCUUCGAUUCACCCUUUACACUUGUUUUCCUGACGAUUUUACGACACCCCCAUGCGACCUCGUUAUCGCGAGCAUCGGCGUUUGGCGUUUUACCCCCCAUUCUACUUACAACACACUACCUUCUGUUCAACGUACAUACAACACCCCUGUUCUUGGAACGGGCAUCAUCGCAAAGCAAUGCUACAGAGACGGAAUCCACGUUUUUGGGGUUGACUUGGUCAGCAGUACCCAACCCCUAGGGAAUGAAGCUAUAAUGAGCGACGGUUUGGAAAUGGCAUCCAACACAUGGAAAGGCGGACUUGGGUGGGCGUUGUGGAUGAAAGCCCGGUGGGAUACGGUGCCUGGACCCGGAGGAAUCUGUAAGGACAGAUGCAGAGGCAAAUGCAACCGUCCUGAGCUCGUCUUGAGAGCUCGUUUUGGGAAACACUUGAUGGGAGGCUGCAUGCAUGUGCGGACUUGGGACUCCAUCUCCACGCAUUCGCUAGACGCAACUCUGGAAUGAUCGUGUGGCCUCCCCCAUCUAGUCCACUCGCUUUGCGCCUAUAGUGAGUGGCUGUAUUCUGAGCGAAAGACCUAAAGAAGGAAUUUAAUGAAUAAGCAAAGAGGAGCGGCAUCCUGGG